UUGUUGGUUAAAUUUUCUGUGUGACCCACUCAAUGUGCAAUGUGCAAGUGCCCGUUGAAUUGGGAAUGAAAAGUAUUAUUUUAUUAUCGUGAAAAAUUCACCGAUAAUAAUAUGAGUAAUUUAGUCUUAAAUUACUUGGAAUUACUAAUAUAGAUCUCAUAUUUAAUACACUCCCUACACGUCGUCGUAUCUCCUUCGCAAAAUUGGAAUGCCGCUCUCACCCACCAACCUGCGAUUGACGAAAUCUCCAUAGCUGUCCGCUGCUCUUUCUUCAAGGCGACCACAAUUGUGAAAAAGAACCAUCGCAGCUUAUGACGAUUCCCAUCAGGAGGAAGCUCUUCCACCGAAGUUGAAUCCGACCGGUUAUCGAUUUCUUUUAGCGGUCUUUUAGAGGUGGUAUGUUUGCCUUCUUCAAUGUAUAAUUGAACAGAUGCACAAAUGAAAUAGGCAACCGUAACAAAUUUCUGCUAGGUGUUUACAAUUAAAUUGCCUUCGUCAAUUUUGUGUGUUCGAAUAUAUGUUUUAGUAUAACCUGAACCAGCGUGAAUGUAUAAGAUAAUGCAGUCUGAGAUUUAAUUUGUGUUGGUUCUGUGGUCAUUUUUGGUUGGGAAAUUUAUGAAGUAUCGUUUCUUUCAGUCUAUUGCAAAAACUAUAUAUUGGAUAAAAGUUUCUAGAUUAGAGAUUUAUUGCUUCAAUGGGUUUUUGUGGUUGUUGCUGUAAUAUAUUAAUCAUUAGUUGAAGCUAGCUCCCAUGGGAUCCCAACAAUUAAGUGCCAAUGACACCAACGACAGUCCAUUGACAGAUGUUGAUCCGGAUCUUCAUAUUGGUAGAGGGAUUGCAGUCGACAGGUCAAGACGUGUAUGGACACAACGUGAGGAGGAGAUCCUUAUGUCAACUAUGAAGGAGCUGGCUGCAGCCGGAUGGAAAUCGGAUAAUGGCUUCCGUGCAGGAUAUUUAACCCGAGCAAAAGAGGCACUUCGCCGCGAAUUCCCAAAGACCGACUUAUGUGUUCACCCUCACAUCAAGUCUAAGAUCAGUACUUGGAAGAUGAACUACUAUUCGCUAAUAUUAAUACUUGACCGCAGUGGCGUGGGUUUCAAUGCCUAGAUAUCGAUGAUGAACAAUGGGCACAAGUCGUGCAAAAGACAGCAAUGCGAAAUAUAUGAGGAACAAGUCUUGGCCCUUAUUGAAUGUCUGGAAAGAGAUCUUCGGGAAGGACCGUGCGGAGGGAAUUCGGUUUGUGGAUACCGGGGAUGCGGUUCGCAUAAUUUAUGGCUCAAAGGUGCCUUUGAAUGAAGAUUCAGAUAAGUCUUCCCCACUGACCUUAGACAAACUCUACCCUGACCACAUCUUCCCUGAGGGUGUGAUACCGGAGAUGGUUGACGAGAGCACGUCAGUACCUGUUGCAUCUGCUCCAAAGGUGUCGCACAAAAAGAACAAGAAAAGGAAGGCUGUUGAUUCGAUGGACAAGGUGGACAAGAUUGAUAGUGUCCUUACUUUGAUGACUCGCAUCCACGAAGACACGAAUGAUCGGUUGAAGGAAAUCUAUAGUCGAAUUGGCUAUGAGUUCGAUCUUAGCGUGAAGAGAAUUGAGGUGUUCAAUCAAGUGAAAGGUAUGGUCGGCCUCAUCAUAAAGCAACAAUUUUAUGCAGCAAAAAAGCUUGUUAAGGAGCCCGAGCUUAUGGAUCUUUUUCGGGGUCUGGAUGAGUUUGCUCGUCCGGCCUUCGUGCUAGAUCUUCUGGACACUGAUGGGAUGCUAUAAAAGUGGGGGUCAACGUUUGCUAGUCUUUUGUCGUAUAAGGCCAAUGUAUUUUACGUAGUAUGCCUGUUUAUGCUUGUGCGGUUGUAUAUGAUGAACUCCGAACAAUAUGUGUACUCCGUUUAAGAUCGUCUUAACAAUCCAGACACAUGUGUAUCUGAAUGAUGAAAUAUUGAAAUAUUGGGGUUCAUACUGAUGCUUAAAUUGAAAUCCACUUUGUUGGUUGACUAUUAUAUUUGUUAAUUAUUAAGUAAUGGACUUGUUAAAUAUA